UCGAAAGGCUCCUGCACAAGGUCAACUUCGAUAAGGAUGCGGGAGACCACCUCAUCUUCACCGGCGACCUAGUCAACAAGGGCCCCGACAGCGCCGGCGUGGUGCAGCUCGCCAUGGGCCUCGGCGCGAGCUGCGUCAGGGGCAACAAUGAAGACCGCGUGCUGGCGGCGCGUGGGUUUAUCGAGCGCGGCAGGGUUACUGGGCCUACGGGCGACGACGGGAAGAUGUCUUUUGAAGACGGCAAGGAGAAGUUGCCAGCGGACAUCCCGUACGCCGUGUCGAGCGACUACGUUACGGCGACGCAGCUUUCUGGGGAGCAGGUAUCCUGGCUCGCGUCGCUGCCUCUCAUCUUGCAAAUCGGACCGUUCAAAGGCGCCAAGAGUCCUCCUUGGAACUCUGGGAGCGUGGUGGUUGCACAUGGUGGUCUGGUACCGUUGCUGCCGAUGGACGAGCAGGAUCCUUGGGCUGUGAUGAACAUGCGCAGCCUGGUGUACCCGACCGACGGCGCUCACCCGGAGAAUAUUGUAGUGGCUCUUGCGAAGAGGAUUAAGACGCGCUUGUGUCGACGUGCGGCAUUCCAAGUCACAAAGGAUGAGAGACUCGAUGGCGAACUAGCACGAGUCUUGAGUCUAUGGGAUGGUAACGAGGUUUCAAAGAUUGCGACAAAUCAAGAGGGAGGGACCAUCCCCAUUGAACUCAAGGACGGAAAGCGCUGGAGAGAAGCUUGGAACGAGGCGCAGAAUAUGAUUGAGGAACCAGAGGAUCGCUCAGUUGCUGUGUACGGUCACGACGCCAAGGAAGGGCUGCAGGUGGAACCAGACGUGCAAGUACCGGAAUCGCUCAAGGCGAAAGGGGUCCAAGGACCGUGGACUAGGUAUGCCUUUGGGUUGGAUUCUGGCUGUGCGUAUGGCAAAGAGUUAUCGGCGAUGGUGAUUGAGACGAGUCCGGAUGGAAGUGAUGUUAUACAUCGUAUAGAACAGGUCAAGGGGGUUGAGGAAUAAGACGUCGGCGGAUCCGAAGAUACCAAGGUGAAGCAUGGGUUGUCACUUGUAAGUCAGAUAGUUUCCCAUGAUGUGCCACCUAUCCUUACUCAGGUAUGUUCUGUUCCUUGCCUCAGAGUGUAUACUAUGGAUACCAGUCCCAACCAAUCAGGAGAGAAUCGAGCCUGGCAGGGAAGAGUGAUGUGGGUAUGUAAGAAUGGGCUGCACCGUCCAAGUUCGUGUGCCAGUCGUGCGGGAUAGCAGCCGAUGCUAAAAAGACAUGCAAGGUUACUGAAUCAGAGCCGAAGAAGCAUAC